AUGUCUCGGAAUCUCCAAAAGCAAACAUUUAAUCAGGAGUGUCUGGAAGCACACAAUCGUCUUCGUGCUUUGCAUGGAAGUAAGGAACUAACUCUGGACCCGCGACUGUCUGAAGAGGCACAGAAGUGGGCUGAUAAUUUGGCCGCCAAAGGGUCUCUGGAGCACAGCAAAUGCAAUGGAUACGGUGAAAACUUGGCUUUCCGAGGGACUUCUGGUUCCGCGGAAUUAACAGGUGCAGAAGCUGCUGAUCAGUGGUAUCAAGAAAUCAAGAACCACAAUUUCAAUGAAAAUGAUUUUCAGCCAAAUUCAGGACACUUCAGUCAAUUAUUGUGGAACGAGUCAAGUCGAUGCGGUUUCGGAAAAUCUUAUUCACCCGACCGGAAAAAUAUCUACGUCGUCGGAAGAUAUCAACCUCCGGGAAACACUGACGGGGAUUAUUCGAAAAACGUCUUACCUCAAGGGAAGAAUCAGCCACCAGCUGGCAGUAAAGCACCCUCUGCUCGACACGCGGAGGACUACAGGAAAAAGGGAGAUAUGCCUCAUGAAGAGGAGACAAGAUUUCGAAAGACCCAAAAAGUGAUAAUUGUGCGCGAAUACGAGGAUCAUCGAUGA